UGAAGGCGUGACUCUUCUCCUUUGAAUGUACUUGGUACCCUUGUCAAAAAUCAAGGCCAUAGGCACCGUGCUCACAUCAGAUUCUAGCAGGUCAUUCUGUCUCACUCUCUGCCUCUCUUUGCUCUUGAGAAGAUGACAGUGCAGCCGCCCAAGUCGGUGCUCUUUGUAUAUUUGGGAAACAUUUGUCGAUCACCUAUUGCAGAAGCAGUUUUCAGAAAACUUGUAACUGAUCAAAAUAUUUCAGAUAAUUGGAUCGUUGACAGUGGUGCCGUUUCUGACUGGAACGUGGGCCAGUCACCAGAUCCAAGAGCUGUAAGCUGCCUAAGAAAUCAUGAAAUUAAAACAGCCCACAAAGCAAGACAGGUCACCAAAAAAGAUUUUGCCACACUUGAUUAUACACUAUGUAUGGAUGAAAGCAAUCUGAGAGAUUUGAAUAGAAAAGGUAGAGAAGUUAAAAACUGCAAAGCAAAAAUUGAACUACUUGGGAGCUAUGAUCCACAAAAACAACUUACUGUUGAAGAUCCCUGUUAUGGGAAUGACUCCGACUUUGAGACUGUUUACCAGCAAUGUGUUAGGUGCUGCAAAGCAUUUUUGGAGAAGUCACAGUAAAGCUGCAUCCAUUCACUGCUGAAAGCCAACAAUGAUUAUCAUCUUUCCAGUGAUGUUCAAGGUUUUUCAGACAAUCAGUGUGUUAAAAGGGUAAUGCUUCAUAGCUCAAGGCCACAACUUUUUUUCCAAUUGACUUAUUGUUUUUUAUCUUAAAAAUGAAUUGUAGAUGGAAAUCAACGUUGUGUUUGGCAGAAGAAUUAAUAAAAGUCUUUGAUUAAGACAGUUUUUGGGGUUCAUUAAAUUUUCUUAAAUAAAUUGGACCACUUAUCUUGCCCAAAUUACGAAAAUAGUAUAACGAAAUAGUAGAACCACAAAAUAUAAGGUUUUGUGUGUGUUUUGUAACAAUCAUUUCUUUCCAGUGUUUAACCUUAAGGUACUAAUGCAGUGAUGGAUAGCAUUCUAAUAUGCUUAAUUAUGAUCUUAAUAAGUAAUUAAACAUCAUUUCCAGGCCCAAGUUGAUAUCUGAGCCCAUUGAGACUGUUAAAUAAUCUACCUCUUUAUUUAAAGUCGGUAGGUAUAACUUGAUGGACAAAUGUCCUGCAUUCACCUACACUACCUCUUUUUACCCCAGGGCCUUUUAUUGAAUUAGAUAUCCCUAGUCAUUGGAGUUCACAAUCUUGAUUGGAAGUAUUUUGAUUGACUCAUACCAAGAGUGCACUUUUGUAUGUUAGAAGGAUAGGAAAGAGAUUGAUUUAUGGAAUAAAUCUCUAGCAUUAUUCUUAAUUUUUGUUUAUCUAGUUUAUUUCAUGAGGAAGUCACGUUUUUGCUCCCAUUUGAACCACCUUGCCUCUGACAAUGUAUAUCCAGAAAGGACACUGUAUGCUGUUUCAUCUUAUGCUCACAUUGACAAAUGUGUUUGUUUUAUAUGCACAUAUAACCCAAAUGUCACAUAUUACAUAUUGGUUUACAUGGGAAAAAAUAGUUUAAAAA